AAUUUAUAGACGAAUUUCUUUCGAAUUGCUAAAAUACAAUUUUAUCGCUAAUUACAAGGAAAUCGACGAUCUGUAAUUAAUAUUUAAUAUUAUAUGGGCUCUAAAUAUUGUAUAAACUCCAGCGCUUUGCUCUGAAGUAUAAUAAUUAGUGCAGUAACACAGUUAUUCAUCAUACCGCUAUUUGUGAGUGUACACUUCGAUUUGUGGAGGCCAGGCAUGGCGGACCAGUCAUCUGUAUUGGCUAUAGUGAUCCUAGCAGUGGGAGUCACGGUCCACUUCUCGUUGCAUAAAGUUGAAGAAGGGCAUGUGGGAGUUUAUUAUCGUGGAGGAGCUUUGCUCCCAGUGACGAGUCAGCCUGGUUUCCACAUGAUGAUUCCCCUUUUGACAUCAUACAAAGCUAUUCAGACGACACUUCAAACUGAUGAAGUAAAAAAUGUACCCUGUGGAACCAGUGGAGGAGUCAUGAUAUAUUUUGAAAGAAUUGAAGUUGUUAACAAAUUGGAACCAGCUAGUGUGUUGGAUAUGGUACGAAACUUCACAGCUGAGUAUGACAAAACCCUCAUAUUCAACAAGGUCCACCAUGAAUUGAAUCAGUUCUGCAGUGCCCAUACCUUACAUGAGGUAUACAUAGACUUAUUUGACCAGAUUGAUGAGAAUUUGAGGACAGCACUACAAAGAGAUCUUGACGAAAUGGCCCCAGGCCUAAGGGUGCAGGCGGUCAGGGUGACCAAACCAAAGAUACCAGAGACAAUCCGUAAAAACUAUGAGCUUAUGGAGGCUGAAAAGUCAAAGCUUUUGAUUGCUGCUCAACAUCAAAAGGUGGUUGAGAAAGAAGCUGAGACAGCCAGACGUAAAGCUGUAAUUGAGGCAGAAAAAGAGGCCCAGGUUGCCAAAAUUCAAUAUGAACAGAAGAUCAUGGAAAAGGAAUCAUUGCAGAAAAUAGAACUCAUUGAAGACAGUAUCCACAAAGCUAAGCAACAAACCAAGGCUGAGGCAGAUUAUUACCAUCUGAAGAAACAAGCUGAAGCAAAUAAACUUCUGCUGACAAAAGAAUAUUUGGACUUGAAGAAGUAUGAAGCUCUCUCUCAGAACAAUAAGAUCUAUUUUGGAAGUGACAUCCCUAAUAUGUUCCUUCAAGCUAGUGUUGGUGAGAGUGGAGUCAAAAGUGUUCAGGUUGAAUGAGUAGUUGUUACUCUGACAAGACCUCUGCUAGUCAUUGAGUAGUGUGCGAAGUAUUUAUACUUUUUCUAAGCAAAUUGUGGGUCUCUAUACAUAAUAAUUGUCUUUUGAUGAAAGAUUCUGAUAUUGUGAUAUAACUUUGUAUUUAUUGUAUACUCAUUCAUGCAUUAGCAUUUCUUAAAAGUUAUUAAUGUAAGGUCUAAACAUUCGACUGACUUGACAUAAAAGAUCAAUGUAAAUAUUUGUUUAAGUAAAAUAAACAAACUAGAAUUAU